AUGAACCAUCAAAAUCUCGAUAUUUCUUACAACAGAGCUCAAUUGACGAGGUGCUUCGCUCAUCUUCAUGAUCAACGCGAAUGGAUGAAGGCUGUUGUUGCUCAUCAUCUUGGACUUAAAUCAUCUGAUGAAUAUUAUGUGGCAGGCGUAAGCUCCUGGCUUCAUGGCAGUUUCAAUGUCUGCAUACCUAUCAUAGUCAAGAGCUGGAAAGGCAAACGUGUUCUUCUCCGGUUUCCUCUGCCAUAUCGCGUCGGUGAGAGUUUCAGACCUGGAAAUUGCGACGAGAAAGUGCAAUGUAAAGCAGGCGCCUAUGCAUGGAUACAGAAUAAUUGCUCAGACGUGCCAAUACCAAAAAUAUAUGGCUUUGCUCUAUCCAGUGGCGAGACGUUCACCCGACUUGAAUCUCUGUCAUUUAUCUCACGCUGUUUCCAACUAUUGCGCCAAAGUAUCUUAUCAUUGUUGAAUGGAUCGGUUCCUUCAAACUAUGCCCACCAUCAGAGCAGAUGUUCAAUCUUUACCGGCAGUACCAUGAAAGUCGGCUACCUUUUGAUUGAGUUCAUUGAAGAGACACGUGGGAAGACCUUUUUCCAUGAUCUCUCCCGGAUCUUCUUGAACAUCACACGGUUUCCCUUGCCUAGGGUCGGUUCGUUCGUCAUUGACAUGAACGGAUCUUUGCGUCUCACAAAUCGGCCCCUCUCAGUUGAGAUUCAGCAAUUAGAGAAUGAAAAUAUACCGACUGAAAUAUCCCGUGAUUAUACAUACUUAACUGCUGACUCUUAUAUUACUGAUCUUUCUGUACUGACUGCGAUGCGAACAAUCUUCCACUCCAUUUUCGAUCGAGGCUUCCGCAGAGGUCCAUUUGUCUUUGACUUCACAGAUAUCCAUCAAAGCAAUAUCUUUGUCGAUGCAGAAUGGCAUAUUACAUGCCUGGUUGAUUUGGAAUGGGCUUGCACCCAGCCUAUCGAGAUGCUCGGGCCACUAUCUUGGCUCUCAGACAAGGCUCCGGUUGAUCCUGGGCCAUUGCGGCCGCGACUCACCAAUCUAAUGGAGCGAUCUUGGGAAAAGGGAGCAUUUUGGUACUCGCUGGCUCUCUCGAGCCCUUCAGGUCUUUUUACGAUAUUUACUAAACAUAUCAAACCUCUAUUCUGCAAAGAGUUUGAUGAAGAAUUUGAGGUGGUGAUGCCAUUUUUCUUCGAAAAGAACAUCGGUAAUAUUGCAGGUCGCAAACUUGCGGAUAAGAAAGCUUAUGAUAAAGAUCUCUGGCAAGCAUUCAAUGAGAACUAG